AUGGGGAAAGGGAGUCGAGUAGUUGUUUGUGGACUGUCAGCAGUGGGAAAAACCGCUAUACUGGAACAGGUGUUGUACGGAAGCCACAUAAUUGGUCAGGAAAACAUUGAAACCUUGGAAGAUAUAUAUAUUGCUUCAGUGGAAACAGAGCGUGGAGUGAGGGAGCAGCUGCGCCUCUAUGAUACACAGGGACUUCAGGAAGGCACAGAGCUGCCGAAGCAUUACUUCUCCAUUGCUGAUGGCUUUAUUCUUGUCUACAGUGUGGACAGCCUGGAAUCCUUCAGAAAGGUUGAACAACUUAAAAGAGAUAUAGAACGUUUCCGGGAUAAAAAGGAGAUGGUCACUGUUGUUUUGGGCAAUAAAGCAGACCUGGAAGAAUACAGACAAGUGGAUACAGAAAUGGCUUUACACUGGGCAAAAGGGGAAAAAGUGAAACUCUGGGAAGUCUCAGUUACAGACAGAAAGACCUUAUUUGAGCCCUUCACUACGGUGGCCAACAAACUCAACCAGCUGCAGAGCAAAUCCCCCUUCCCUUUACCUGGGAGAAAAAGAUGGCUAUCCUGUUGGAAGUGGUUCUGUCCUUCCUGCUGGUAUCAACGUGAUAUCUGCCUCUGAACUCCUGGCAUUAUAUCUUCCGGCUGUAUCAUCAAACUGCUAUUUUUCUUGGAUAUUUUAAAUCUCAUUUACACCAUAAAC